AUGAUCCUAAUCUUAGUAAUCAAUGUCAUCAACAUUUAUUCUUAUAACAUUUCAGAGCAUGAAAUUUCUUUGUACCCAACUGUAGGAGAAUUUUAUGAAUACUAUAUGGAGAGUAUUAUAUCAUCUUAAUUAAUGUGCAAAAUGCAUCCUUAAAUUCCAAAUGUGAAAGUAAUCAAUUAAUGUGAAGAAAUAUACCGAACAAAAGGGAAUUGUAAGUCAUUAAGAUUAUUAUUAUAGAAUUUAUUUCAAUAUCGUCAAAUAAUACACAUUUUGGUACAUUAUCUAAUAAUAAUGAAGUAAUUAUAUAUGAAUGGAAGAAUUAAAUGAUUCAAUAAGUUGGCUUAUCUGUAUCUAUUGAUCCUUUGUAUAAUUGUUUUAAUAUCGAUUUGUUUUAAAAUUAGACAAUUUUGGUAGAUUGCUAUUACAACAAUGAAUUAUUAUUAAUUCAAAUAAUAGAUUAAUAAUCAAAACCUGCUAAAUAAAUAUCAUCAAAUUUACCUAAUUCAACUAAAAUAUAAUCAAUUGUUAAUGGAACAAAUACAUUUAUUGUAUAUGCCUAAUAUUUUUAGAAUUAUUCAAUACUUACACUAUUUUCAUCAUCAUUUUAAAAUUUUAGUAGCUUAAAUAACUAAUUUGUGGAUUUUGAUAUACCAAUUACAAUAAGUCCAAAUAUUUAUGUAAUUACUUCCAAAGAAUUAUUUUAGUAUUCUAUAUCCCCAGAUUCUUAAUUUAAUUUUAUGUUUAAUUUUAACUAAGAUGGUAUGACUAAUUGUAAAAUUAUUAAUGCUUUUUAUAAUUUAUGGAGUAAUUCCUAAUGUGAUUAAAUAUAUUUAUUAUGCCAAAAAGAGUCCAAUAAGUAAUUAGAAUUUACAGUGUUUGAAGUAUUGGGAUGUGAAAGUUAAAUAAUCUACUAAAAUUAUGAUU